GCACGACUUGAUUUCCGUUUGGAGCCAUGACAUUUAAAGAGAGAAGUGCAGCUGCCAGCCAUUAAUAUUGCCCCCAUCAGAAAGCACUGUGUGGCAUAAACAAUGUGCCGCAGUUUGGAUUUCAAAUUCGGCCAGUGAGCCCCCGACCGGUUUAUUUGCUUCAAGGGGGAACGGGCGGGAGAUCUGUGUCCAUUUUGUGGGAAUGGGAAUGGGAACGGGAACGGGAAUCUCGAUCCAGCAGCAAAUAUCCAGUUUCGGUUUGUGUUCGCUCGUUCAGUUCGAUUCGAGCGGCGGGCAGGUAGACAUCGUUCGUUCCUUGCUUCUUCGAAGAAUUUCCGCUUUCGGUUUCGGUCUCAGACUUCGCGCGUGGUCCCCGCCGAGACGAGGAUGAGCAUCAUUGUGGCGGCAGCUGCAAAAGUGCAACAACAACAGUAGUAACAUCCGCCGCAGCAGCAGCAGUAACAUCACAUCAUCUGUAACCGCAGCCACAUAAAAACGGGUUUCAUUUCGCAGUCAGUGCUGGGGUCUGUUGCAUGUGCGGUUGGGUCGCGUGCAGUUCACGGAAUAUGCAAAAGGCCUUAAUCAUUAAAUUAAACACAGACUAACGACUAUUCCAUUUUCCGAAGCAAGCGGUAUGAUCCGCUCAGUGCUCAGUGCUCAGUAAAGUAAAACAACAAUAAUAAAGAAAAGCGAGUUAAAGACUAUAAAAAAUAAAAGAAAAUAAAAACGAUCCAAGCCAAACACAAAGUGCACUUUAAAGAAACGCGACACAAGAUACAUAUAAAGUUACUAACAAAACGAACACGAGGCGGUUAGAACAGAGAAAAACUGAAACCGAAACCGAAACCAAUACUGCAACUACAAUGAAGUACAAAUUUUUGCUGUUGCUCCUUGCCGGAAUGUCACUUCUAACUACUGGCGUUCACAGUCAGCAUGAAGAUAUUCCCUACCAGCCGGUGGCCAAUAUCUGCCAGACAUGCAUGUGCCUGAGUAGCCAGGACAGUGACCACCGGAUGCACUUCAACCUGGACUGUUCGGUGAGAAACUUCGAGCACAUUCUCGCCCGCUGGCCGGAAGAGUUUGGCAGCCAGGCUUUGGCUGGUGGAGCAUCGACAGAGAUCGUUGUGUCCUAUUCGGGCAAUCGGAUCAAGUUGCUCCAACAACUGCCGGCCACAAAUGCCAGCCUAACGCUCUCCUGUCGGCAUUGUGGACUGCAGGAUCUGCAGGCUCCCCUCUUUAUGGAUUCGCCCAAUGUGCAGGCGCUGUACCUCAGUUGGAACGAAUUGACCGACAAUGUUCUGAACCCGGGACUCUUUAGGGGUCCCUGGAACAAUACUAACUAUGAGCCUAUUGGCUUGAAGGAUCUGGACUUGAGCCACAAUAGGAUAGCUCGGCUGGAACGUCUUCUCUUUGAACAUACUCCGCACUUGACCAAGUUGAACCUGGCCUACAAUAAGCUGAGUGUUCUGGAUGCAGCCACGACAGCCGCAGUUGCAUCGGUGACCACAUUACAGCGCUUGGAUCUCUCCCACAAUGGUUUGAUGUCCCUGCCUGCGGAGCUAUUCCCAAAGCUACGCAGCCUGCGUAUCCUUGAAGUCUCCGGCAACGAGUUUACCGUGGUUCCUGCGAGUCUUCAGCAACUGGGCAAGUCUCUGGUCCAUUUGAAUCUGGCGGGCAAUCCGUUUCCCAGCUUAAAGGAGAACAGUUUUCAAGGAUUAGUGGCCCUAAAACGUCUCAACAUCAGCAGCUUGCCUGCAUUGCGAAGCGUAGAAAAGGGAGCUUUGAUAUUGCCAGCCGUGGAACAGCUGGACUGCUCCAGGAAUCCCAAAUUGGAAAACCUAGAACUGUCUGACUUGCUAAGCAGUCGUAAUUUGUCGCAGUUGGAUUUGUCUCGGAAUGCUUUGACCACUUUGGUUCUCAAGGAAAGUAACAACAGUAUCUCAGCCAGUAACAACAGUACAGCGAGCCACAAGGGAAUCCAAGAACCCUGGCCACGUCUGCGCCGUUUGAGCAUAUCCGGCAAUCCCUGGUACUGCAGCUGCGAACUCUUCAAGGCUCUGGAGCUGUCCGGUCUCUCGCACAUCGAACAGGAAGCGGAUGGAACGGAGGCCCGUUGCGACACCCCCUAUAUUCUGGCUGGAGCUCCACUCUCCAACCUCACGGCCGAGCACAUCUGCAACAUGGUGAUACCCAAGAAAUACCGUGCGGUAGAUGAGGAGCCACCGCGAUUCCUUCGCCGUCGAUACAUAAUACUCACUGCCAUCAUUGCCAGUGUGGUGCUGGUGAUCGGUCUGGUCAUUGGAUUCAUUGUCGUCUGCGUGCGCCGGCGGCUCAAGGGCAGCGAUUAUGGAGUGCAACCCAUCCGCUACACCAGCGUACGUGGCAGCAAUUUAUCACAGUUUUCGAAUUUGCAACCCGCCUCGGUGGCCAGCAAAUUUAAUAAUGCCCAUGCCGGUGCCAGUAAUGGUGCCACGACAGGAGCUGCCAAUGCCUGAUAGGGAUUCUAGCCGGACUCCCAGUUCCAGUUCCGAGUUAGCAGCACAAGUUUCGAGCCAAAGAUGUGUCCACGAAAGUGUUCCAGCCACUUGUAAGCAAAUCCCAACCGAAAAAAAAGACUUUCUGUGCGAGCUAUCACUGUAUAUAUGUAGUUGUCACCUUAAAGGAGUUGAUACUCCUCCCACACAAUUCCUAAACCCCGAAAAAACCUAACCCCCUAGUAUUUAAUGAUGCCAUCGAUGUUUGCGUAUUGUACUUAAGUUUCGAGCAUAUUAGUUUGUAAUAAAUAAAAACGAUAAAA